AUGAGCUACGACAAANAGAACGAGGACGAGGCCGGCCUGCUCAAGGUCGACCGCACCUCGGUCUUCCAGGAGGGUGCGUCCGCCAGGCAUCUCAAUCUGAACAUGUUGCUAACCAGCCCUCGACAGNCUCGUGUCUUCAACACGUCGCCCAUCUCUCNNCCUCGCAAAUGCCGUGUUCUACUCACCAAGAUCUCACUUCUGCUCUUCACCGGCGAGAAGUUCCCCCAAAACGAAGCAACCUCCCUCUUCUUUGGCAUUUCCAAGCUGUUCCAGAAUAAAGAUGCCGCCCUCCGCCAAAUGGUCUACCUGGUCAUCAAGGAGCUCGCCAACACCGCCCAGGACGUCAUCAUGGUCACCAGCAGUAUCAUGAAGGACACUGCUGUCGGAAGCGACGUCGUAUACCGUGCAAACGCCAUUCGUGCUCUGUGUCGCAUCAUCGACGCUUCCACCGUCCAGGCCAUCGAGCGCAACAUCAAGACAGCCAUUGUCGACAAGACCCCCUCCGUUUCCUCCGCCGCUCUCGUGUCUUCCUAUCACUUGCUUCCCAUUGCCCGCGACAUUGUCCGCCGCUGGCAGAGCGAGACCCAAGAGGCUGCUUCGAGCACAAAGUCCUCGGGAGGCUUCUCCCUUGGCUUCGGUACCUCGGCCUCGCACAGUCUGGCUGCCUCAAACACAAACUUCAUGACCCAAUAUCAUGCUAUUGGUUUGCUCUACCAGAUGCGCUCCCACGAUCGUAUGGCUCUCGUCAAGAUGGUUCAACAGUACAGCGCCCCUGGAGUUGUCAAGAGCCCUGCAGCCCGUCUCAUGCUCGUUCGUCUGGCUGCCAAGCUUAUCGAGGAGGAUCCCGGCCUUCGCGCUCCCAUGAUGAAGCUGCUCGAUGGUUGGUUGCGUGACAAGAGUGAAUUGGUCAACAUUGAAGCUGCAAAGGCCAUCUGUGAAGUCGGCGAUUUGACCGACAACGAGGUCAUGCAAGCCGUCCACGUCCUCCAACUCUUCUUGACUUCUCCUCGUUCCGUCACCAAGUUCGCUGCCAUUCGCAUCCUUCACAACUUUGCCUCUUUCAAGCCUGAGGCUGUACGUCAAUGUAACCCCGACAUCGAGGCUCUCAUCACAAACUCUAACAGAUCUGUUGCGACCUUCGCCAUCACCACUCUCCUCAAAACCGGCAACGAGUCAAGCGUUGAUCGUCUCAUGAAGCAAAUCUCUGGCUUCAUGGCCGAGAUCACCGAUGAGUUCAAGAUCACAGUUGUUGAGGCUGUUCGCACUCUCGCCCUCAAGUUCCCUAGCAAGCAGGCCGGUAUGCUUGCAUUCCUCAGCACCUCGAUCCGCGACGAGGGAAGCUACGAGUUCAAGAGCAGCGUUGUCGAGGCCAUUUUCGACCUUAUCAAGUUUGUGCCGGAAAGCAAGGAGGACGCUCUUUCGCAUCUGUGUGAGUUCAUCGAGGACUGCGAGUUCACCAAGCUGGCCGUACGCAUUCUGCAUCUACUGGGUAUGGAGGGUCCCAAAACCGCCAACCCCACCAAGUACAUCCGUUACAUUUACAACCGUGUCGUGCUCGAGAACGCCAUUGUGCGCGCAUCUGCCGUCACUGCUCUUGCCAAGUUUGGUGUUGGCCAGCAAGAUCCUGAUGUUAAGCGCAGCGUCAACGUCCUUCUCACUCGCUGUCUCGAUGACACGGAUGAUGAGGUUAGAGAUCGUGCAGCCCUCAACUUGCGUUUGAUGAAGGAGGAUGACGAUAUGGCCAGCAAGUUUGUCAGAAAUGCUGGUUUCUCUCAGCCAUUUGAUCUUGGUUCCGUCCCUGUUGUCACCCGUGAACAGUCGCUUGCCGAGGAUCGUACCAAGAAACUCACCACCGCCACUCCUACCCUUAAGGCACCCUCAGCCGGACCUAAACCCGCGGCUGCUCGUGGUUCAGCAGAAGCUGCUGCUUCAGCAAGCGCGGCUGCUCAGAAGUAUGCUCAACAACUCCAGGCCAUUCCCGAACUUGCUUCGUAUGGAGGUGUUCUGAAGAGCAGUGCUGUCGUCGAGUUGACAGAGAGCGAGACCGAAUAUGUUGUCACGGCUGUCAAGCAUCUGUUCAAGGAGCACGUUGUCAUUCAAUACGACAUCAAGAACACGCUGCCCGACACAGUCCUCGCCGACGUCACAGUAGUGUGCACACCCGCAGCGGUCGACGAGUCAGAAGACAGUGGCCUGGAAGAAGAAUUCACCAUCCCUGCUCCUCUGCUCAAGACAGACGAGCCCGGCACUGUUUAUGUCUCUUUCAAGCGUCCCGAAGGUCAAGAGUUCUCGGCAGCAAACUUCAGCAACGUGCUCAAAUUCACAAGCAAGGAGAUUGAUCCAUCGACCAACGAACCUGAAGAGCACGGUUACGAAGACGAGUACGAAAUCUUUGACUUGGAUCUUGUUGGAUCUGACUACAUCGUUCCUGCAUUCGCUGGCAACUUCGACAGCAUCUUUAAUGGAAUUCCUUCUGACGAUGAACACGAGGCUGAAGAGACUCUGCAGCUCUCAAAUGCCAAGACACUGGCUGAAGCGACCGAGCUGCUUGUCAAGAGUCUGGGUAUGCAACCCCUCGAGGGCAGCGAAGUGACGCUUUCCACAAGCACGCACAGCCUCAAGCUUUACGGCAAGAGCGUGACAGGUGGCAAGGUAGCAUCGCUGGUCAGAAUGGCAUUCAGUGCCAAGACUGGAGUCACAAUCAACAUCAAGGUACGAAGUGAGGAAGAGAUGUUGGCAGCACUGGUUGUUGGAGGAGUUGCAUGA